AUUGUAACCAGUCAUUCAGGCGAAAAAGACACUAUCAUUGUAGACUGUGCGAUAACUCUAAACUUGGCCCCAUAGAGACCAUUAAGAAAUAUUGGAACCACCUGGACAGACACCUUAAGAACUUUAUACCUGUCAAUGGAAAAAUGUUGUGUGAAUGCCGUAUGCACUGUACAGACAAUGAAGGUGUCCUUGUGAUCAUUCCCCAUUUCCACUGUCCCUGUUGUCCACAUGUUGGCAUAGGCACCCUCUAUACAGAGAUGUUGCUACACAUUGAUGCACACCAAGAACUUAGUACAGAGCCAGUUGCGAGACAGGAAGAAGAAUUUGUAGGCUUUCCAACCAAAGCGAGACAACCGAGAAUUAAACCCACUGAAGAGCUAAAUAUAGAACAAAUACUUAAGCUACCAAAGAAGGCAAGACCACACAAAGAACAUGCAUACUACAUAAAGAAGGGCAACAAGAAGAAGAACCUGGUUCCCCCUAGUGAGAUAUUUGAUAACCAAUCUGUAUCUCUCAACCCGAACUUGUUUGAGGUGCUAUCAGAUGAUCCUGAGACUAUCUUAGCUUACAUUGCCAACCAUGCAAACAUCAGAUUUGAGCGUGAUAGUGAUUCAAAGUACACCAUUUCUGGCAGUGUUGAUGAUGUCCAAGAGGCCUAUAACUUACUGUCUGAAAUGGUUCAAAAAGCUUCACAGGGGAAUUCAAAGACAAUUGACAAUUUCCAAAAUGAUGAAAAUAUCAAGGGUGUUCAUGAACCUGGCGAAGCACCACUUUCAGAUGAUUCAGACCCAGAUGACAGCAAAGUUUCAGAUGGGCCUCCACCAAACCAGGUUGAGAAGGUACCAUGUGUAUGUCUAGCAUGUAAGAAGGAGUUUGUGACUCGUAACUCAUUGAACAGACACAUGCUUCAAGCCCAUAACUACACAGUAUGUGAGUGUGGUGUAUCUGUACAUUCAGCUGAGGGUGGAGAGAAUCAUGAAUGUGAUCUCUCCACAAGGAACCAGUAUAAGGAAGUUGAGGUCGGAAAUGGAGCCAAACAGUAUGUGUUCUUACCUAGUAUAAAUGGCAAGAAACGUGGUCGUUGUCUUAACUGUGGUGAAAUCUUCACAGGAAAAUAUAAAGAUCAUCACCGGGAUUGUAAGCAGAUCUAUAUGACUCAAUGUGACUUUGUUUGGAGGUGUCCUAGGUGUGGUACUAUACUUCAUAGCAAAAAUGAGCUGAGGCUUCACAUUGAAAAAUGUGGUGGGGCUUUAGAGCCCCCAAAACAGAGAAACCUAAUGUAUUCCUUUAAGGGAAGUGAUAAUCACGAAGAGGUAGAUAAUUGUGAUACUCCAGAACUCAUGGCCCCUAAUAUGGAUGCUAUUAACAGACCUGAUGAAGAACCUAUAACUCAUGUAAGAGCAGAUUCAAUGUCCCCUAAUCCAGAUGUUAUACACAAUCCCAAUACUGAAGCUAUGAAACAGGUUAAUCUAGAUCAAACUAACGAAAGCAAUACACCACAGAACAGUGACAUUCAGAGUGCAAAUUCUGACAGAGGGAAUAGAGAAGACACAUCAAGUACUGGUACAGAGGAUACAGGGACACCAAAGGUAAUAAUGAAGCCUAACACUGGGGAAUGCUGUUGUCAAAUUUGUGGAGAAACAAUGGAACUUAAAGCCAAUAUAAUAGCAAAACAUGGUUGCUUCCAGAAGAAACUUCCCAAACAAAACACUUAUUACUCCUAUCAAAACGAGCCUGCAAAUAAAACAUCUUCUGGAUUUACAAUUACCGAAACUAGUGAAUGUAUUGAAAGCAUGUCCAAUGAUGACAACUCUAGAACUGUUAAUGACAGUAAUGUUGACUUAAAUGAUAUUAUUAACCACAGUGAAAUAAUGCAAGCUGCAGAACAGGCAAUGGAAGAAAACCUUAAUUCAAGUAAACUAUUCAAAAUUCGUGGAAAUACAGAUGAAAUGAACACUAAAAAACUUGAAAGGAUGGUGUUAGAUGAUUCAGAACUUUUGUAUAGAUGUCGCUACUUUCUCUGCAAGAAAUGUGGUCAAAUGUUAAAGACAAGAAGGCUUAUGAAAGAACAUAUACGAAGGGUCCACAUGACAAAAUCUCUACUUUGUGCCCAUUGUGGUAAGGCAUUCUCAAAUCUUUCAAAAUAUCGCAGACAUCAAACCAAUGAGCAUAACAUGGAGUUGAAGGCUGCGUGUAAAAUUUGUAAUCGCAUGUUGUUAAAAACCUCAAUGGAAAAACACCUUCAGCGUCAUGAGGGUAAGGUGAACAAAUCAGCAUAUAAGGGACCUAAAGAUUUGAAAUGUACCCAGUGUGAUUACCUCGCAAGUUUCCCUUCUGACAUGAGGUACCACAUUAUGAAGGUACAUAGUGGUAGAUAUACAUGUCCACAUUGUUCAACAAGAUUUGGUUCACAAUACAGACUAGAGGCCCAUAUUAGAGACUUGCAUACCAAUCCUGGUCGAUUUGAAUGCCAUAUUUGCGAUAAGAAAUUCAAUCGCCAGUCAUACCUCUCAGUUCAUAUUCAACGCCACAACAAUGUAAAGCGUUACCACUGUGAAAUCUGCAACAAAGGAUUUUUGGAGCAUUAUCGUAUGGUUGAGCACCUUGAAAUCCACAAGACCAGGUCUGAGAGACAAUUCCCAUUCAUCUGUGAAGUCUGUAACAAGGGGUUCAGUCAGAAGAGGGUCCUUGAUGCUCAUGUGAACACACACACAGGGGAAAGACCAUACAACUGUAAAUUCUGUGACUUUGCCUUUUCCAGUCAGUCAGGUCGCGCUCAGCAUGUUAUACUGAAGCACAACAUCAAUUUGCACUCAUGUGUUACAUGUGGCAUGUCAUUCAAGUUGAGGUGGAAACUGAAGGCCCAUAUGAAGAAACAUACAGGGGACAGUGAGCACCAGUGUCAACAGUGUGGCAAACGGUUCACCUUGAAGAGUUCCCUCAACCGCCAUAUUGUUUCUUGCGUCAUGGACAAAGCGAAUGCCCUUGCAGAGGCAACAGCACGAAACUGCGCCAUGACAGCAUUAUUAACAUCUGCGGGGGCAACGGUUGCUACAUUACCUCCUGAGCCUCAAGCUCAAAUGUCUGUUGAGUUAUUUAUGUGUUGUGGCUGUAACCUGACAUUUACCUCAUUAGAGCAGAUUGACCAGCAUUCAUGUGCUAAUGAUGCAACUGUUGAUAGACCUGCGGUUGAUGCCGUAAGUGGUGAUGAAGGUAUCGCAAGGAUUGAGUCACCUCAUAUAUCUGCUACUGCUGAUGAUACUGCUGAAGCACAAGGUCCAGCACAAAGUCCAAGUGAUAAUAAUACAGAUAGUAAUCCAGCUCUUGGUUCUGAUGUACAUAACACCCUUAACCUACAAAAUGUUAAUAUAGGUUCUGGGGCUCCUCAGUUAAUGAAACUAUCAUCUAAUCCCAUCGAAGGCUAUAUAGUUCCAAGUGCAGUUCCUAAUGUUAAUGUGAAUGAAACUGAGAUCGCUGCAGAUGUAAGUGCUUGUGCAGAGCAACCUGGGACUGAAUUGAGUCAGGUGCCUGGUAUUGCUGGCCAGCAAUUCAUACUUCAACGUGAUCACUCUGAUGCUAGUAAGCUGACUAUGAUACCUUAUAGCCUAGCUCUAGGGAAUAACCAAGUUGCUGUCAAUACUGGUAUGGCCAUUGUUGAGUCAGAGGGAGAAAGGUACAUGGUUGGUAAUCCAGGUCGGAUUGUUGUUGGAGGAGAUGGCCAACAAUAUAUGCAAAUUGAAAGUGGUGGUCAACAGUUUCAGGUUGGACUUAUCCAGGAAGGAAGUGGCCAAGGACAACAGAGCAACAUUGUAAACGAUAAUCAACAGAGCAAUUUUGCCCAUGAUCAUCAACAGAGAAAUUUGGACAGUGGUCAACAAGAGAAUGUUAUUACCGAUCAACAACAGAUCAAUUUUGUGAAUGAUCAUAUACAGGGCAAUGUUGACAACAGUCAUCAACAGAGUAAUGUUGGAAAUGAUCAUCAACAGGACAAUUUUGUAAAUAACCAUCAAGGGGGCAAUGUUGAAAGUGAUCAUGAACAGAGAAAUAUUCUAAAUAAUCAACUAAAGGGUAAUGUUAACAAUGAUCACCAGCAAAGCAAUAUCGAAAGUGAUUGACAAAGCAAUUUCUAAAUGAACAGCUACAUAGUAUUAAAUAGACCUUUCCAAUAAACUCUG